AUGCAUCACAUCGGACAGAAGAUACUCAACAAACUCGGUAACCACGCCGGCCACGGCCCUGGGCCCCCUCCCUCUGAAGGCCCGCCCCUCCAGGGCCAGCGCAGGAUCAACGAGGAUGAACGCCUGCUGGGCUCGCACCCUCGUGGGACGUACCCUCGACUGGCAAAGCUGUCCGACGGCAGCAUCCUCUCUGGCUUCACGCGCUUCGAAGGCAGGACCCGGGUUCUGCAAAUUGCCCGCAGCACCGACGGCGGCUACCGCUUCGACGACUUCUCCGAGGUGAGUCGCGGCGAUGGCGACGUCGACAACAUGUACCUCCUCGAGGUUGCCCCCAUGACCGUCCUGGCAGCCUUCCGAAACCACGACCUCGGUCCCCACGGCCCCACGCAUUUUCGCAUCACGGUCUGCCAGUCCACGGACGGCGGGAAGCACUGGCGUUUCCUUUCGCAGGCUGCGGAGAAGAGACCCCCCUUGGGAAUUUGGGAGCCGUUCAUGCGCAUGUCGCACCGCGGGGAGGUCAUGUUGACGUACUCCCAAGAGUUUGCGCAUAACAACCAGUGCACGAUGCUGGUGCGCUCGAACGACGGCGGUGCGACCUGGAGUCCGCCGCAGUGUCUGGAGGGGGAGAAGGACCCCUUCCGAGACGGUAUGAAUGGGAUUGCAAAGACCUGGGAUAACGGGCGCGAGGCUCUUGUUAUGGUGUUUGAGACGACGACGUUCGGUCCCUUUGACCUUGAGGCCCUCAUCUCGUACGAUGACGGUCACACAUGGGGUAAUCGGCACCGCGUCUAUGUGCCACGGCGUGGUCAUAAUGCUGGGUCGCCGCAGGUUGCCUCGUUUGGCGAUGGCUCAUUGGCGGUCAUCUUCAUGAACGAUGAAGACCAUCAUCAGGUGCAGUGGACCAAGAAUGCAGCCAUCAAGGUUGUCUAUGGGAGCCCGCCCAGCAAUGGCAAGAUCCAGUGGUCGCGUCCCGAGGUCAUCUGUCCCCAUCUGAGCCACUGGCCUGGGAUUAUGGCCAUGGAUGACAAGACGCUGUUGGCGACUUAUGAAUGCGGCGGAGCUCCCAAGGCGAAGUCGAUCACGCUGCAUUAG